GUGUGCGCCUGUGUGUGUGCUUUGACUUCCUGUCCCACCUGUUGUGCAGGUAUCAAACAUGGAGGACAAACACAAACUAAUGACAUAAAACAGCAGAAACAUCUACUCAAAUAUCUGUUAAUAUUCCUCAUAUCUGACUAUUUAUCAUGGAUUUCAACAGAAGGGCCAUCAGAGGAGUUUUAUCGUGUAUUUUCGUCGGUUUCGUUGUGUUGAAUCAGGUGUGUUGUAUUGAAGUGAACACUCCGGCAGAGAUCAGCGCAGUUCGAGGAUCGACCGUCACUCUCUCCUGCACCUUCAUCUCAUCCAUUCGCAUCACCAGCCGCAUGUCUGUGGACUGGAGCUUCACACCCCAGAGCGGCGGUCCUGCUAAAAUGUUUUUUCACUUCUCGUCUCAAGUAUACCCCCCUGUGGAGGAUCAUUUUAAGGGACGUGUGAAGUGGGUCGGCAGGCCAUCACGAGGUGAAGCAUCAAUCGAGCUUCUGAACGCAUCACUCACUGAUAACGGCACUUACACCUGCGCUGUACGCAACCCACCUGAUGUCCAAGGCCGUCCUGCUCACAUUGUCCUCACCGUAACACCAAAGAGAGUGUCGGUGGCGUUCACUGAUGUGGCCGUGUUGCUGGCGUUUGUUCUGGUUCCGUCAGCACUCGUCUCACUGCUGCUGUUGGGCAGAACUGUGUGUCCGUGUUGGGCUGUAUCAGAGAGUCGAGCAGCGACUCAUCACUCGCCCAUCGAGGUGAUCACUGGUGAUGAGGAUUUCUACAAACAGCCGCUGCAGAAAGAGAAUCUGAGCUGCUGUUACUUUAAGGACUCUGAUUAUGAGGACGACUACAUACUACACGACAAACCACACGAACACGAGUCACGGUGUUAGACAAACUUCUGUGUGUGAGAUAAAGCUCCAGACAUCAUUCUGCUGAUUAGUGUUGUGUGUUUGAGUGAAUGUAACACUUGUGUAAUGAUACUUUAUUUAAAACAGGAAAUGAUGGACUGUGUUACUGUAAUCAAUGUAAUAAAUUCCCCUUUUGAAAACAGACCAGAGAUCUGAAGAACUGAUGUCAGAUCAGUGAAUCUACAUUAAAACUUCACCUUAAAAUAAAAAAGAAAAAGACAGUCACAUGAUCAUUCACUGGACAAUUUGCACUUUCUGAUUGGCUCUUUCUGUUCACUGUGUUUUGGUGUAACUGUAAGUCAUUACCAUUUACACAGCUUGUACAGAAGCUUGUACAGACCUGCUUUUGAAUUUGAUGAAUACAGUAUAUCAUAUUAGAUAUUAGAUAUUAACAUAUCUGUUGAAAUAUAACUAACAUUGAUAUCUCUGAUUUGUGGAUAAAAAGGACAUUACGCUCUGUCUUAUAAAAACAGGAUAGAAGCACAUCAGCGUUUACUGGUCUGUCAAUGUUUGUUUCCUCUGUUGCUUUUUAUAAUUAGCUGCCGUAGGUUCAUAAAUCUCUUCAGUCCUGCUAAUUUCAGCUGUUUGAUUAAAGAGAAACAGUUUAUGCUGAAAUAUCAUAAAUCUUUAUUUUUAUGUGCUGUAAACAGACUCUUUAGUGCUUAUGAAAUAUCUGAAUGCAGUGAAUUUAUUUUGUUGGGAAAGUUCUAUUUUUGUACUUUGGAGUUUAUGGCCAAACAGGGUUUUUGGAUUUUCACUGUAUUUAGAUUCCAGGUCAAAUGUGUUAAUAUAUUGACAGCAUUAACAGAAUAUAAAUAAACAUUUAAAUAAAACACGUAGAUCUGAUUCUUUCUUAUAAUGCUGUAGAAUCAUUCUACAUUUUUAUAUCUCACUUCAAAAUAUUUAAAUGUUUUCAAUAUAAUUACACAUUUUCAUUUUUCAAAAAUAUGAAUGUUUUGAUAAAAAUGUAGAGCAUGUUAGCGGGAAAGUCACUUAUAAUUUUGCAUUUAAAAAUGAAUGUUUUCCAGUGUAACAUCAAUGUUAAUUUAUAUAUGAUGAAAUAAACGAUGGACAAUAUUCUGAUG